AUGGUUGUAGAAUUCAUCCUACUGGGAUUUCAAAAUCUUGGUCUUUUCCGUAUUCCAUUUUUUAUCCUUAUCAUGUUCCUCUAUAUAGUGACAGUGGCUGCAAAUCUGUUAAUCUUCUUGACAAUAUCAUCAAGUUCCAGCCAUAAAAUGAAAUCCCCUAUGUACGUUUUCCUUAGUCAUCUCUCGCUCUCGGAUAUAUUGAUCAGCACCACAGUCGCCCCCAAUGCCUUACAGGUUAUUCUGUUGGGUAAUACGAGUGUGUCGUUUGUUGGCUGCUUUACUCAGUUAUAUUUCUAUGGUGCCUCCACCAUAAUGGAAUGUUGUCUCCUCACUGUGAUGUCUUAUGACCGAUAUUUGGCCAUUUGUAGACCAUUGAGGUACAUGUCUAUAAUGAACACUAAACUUCUCCAUGGUCUUCUCACAUACUCAUGGAUGGUUGGGUUCCUUCAGUCUCUCAUCACUCACACAUUUCUCCUACAACUAGACUUUUGUGGUCCCAAUGUCAUUGACCAUUUCUUUUGUGAUAUUGCUCCUCUUCUAGAACUUUCUUGCUCUGACAAAUCCUUAGUAGACAUAGAAGUGUCUCUUGUGGCUUUGUUUAUUGGCCUGCUCCAGAUGCUAUUUAUCGUCAUCUCUUAUAUUCUCAUAUUUUACUCCAUUUUUCAUAUGUCCUCAAAGGCUGGUAAGGAAAAGGCCUUAUCUACCUGUAGUUCACACUUGGCAGUUGUCUGUACAUAUUAUGGGACACUCAUCAUAUUGUACUUAUCUCCAUCCAGAGGAUAUUCCUUUAACUUAAAUAAGGUGCUAUCACUUAUUAACACUCUGGUGACCCCGUUUUUCAAUCCCAUCAUCUACACUCUGAGGAACCAGGAGAUUAGAAUGGCUCUUAAAGUCCUUCUAUGCUAG